AUGAACUUAGAGAUAGAUGCCUUGGUGUCUCGAAGAACUUGGACACUUGUAUCUCGUCUACAAAAUGUCAAUAUCGUCAUAUGUAAGUCAGUUUUUACACUCAAGUAUAAUCCAAAUAGAUCUAUUGCACAUCACAAGACUCACUUGGUUGCUUGUUGAUUUAGUAGGCCUAUGGCAUCGACUAUACUGAGACGUCCUCUCCAACGGUUUGACUCAACUCUAUUCGAGUGACACUUUCUUUGGCAAUGAAUCAAGCAUGAUCUUUACAUCAGUUAAAUAUUUCUAAUAUCUUUUUCUAUGGUGACCUUGAGGAUCAUGUGUUUAUGGAGCAACCUCCUAGAUAUGUUACUCAAGGGGUGUCAUCAAAUGUGUGUCUUUUAUAGUAUGUCAUUUACAGACUUAAGCAAAGUCCACUUGCCUAGUUUGUCAACUUUAAUAGUCUUUUAGUGCAAUUUGGAUUCUCACCAUAUCUUGCAAUCCCAUAGUGCUUACAAAGACUACUGAAUCUAGCAUUGUCAUCUUAGUUGUUUAUGUGGACGACAUUCUUAUGAUUAGAAGUGAUGAAGUAAGCAUUCAAACUACAAAAUCAUACCUACAGCAACACUUCAGCAUACAAGAUGUAGGAAUUUCAUGAUACUUCUUUGGGAUUGAGCUAGCCUAUCAAGAUGAUAAACUCACUCUCUCUCAGCGAAAGUAUGCUCUUGAUAUGCUUCAGGAGACUGAGCUACUUGGGUGUAAACCAGAGUUGUCACUUAUGGAGGUACGUCCAUGCUUCCGAGAUACGUCAUCUCCCCUCCUAGAGGAUGCUAAUCGGUGCAGAUGGUUGUUGGGAAAGUUGAUCUACCUCAUUGUCACUUGUCCCAACAUCGUGUACACAGUUAGUGUCCUCAGAUAGUUCAUGCAGGAAUCUUGUCAAGUCAUUGGGAGGGAGCUUUACAUGUUCUAACAUACAUCAAAAGAGUUUUAGGGAGAGGGGUUAUCUAUCGAAGGCAUAAGCAUCUUUGGAUUGAAGCCUACUCGAAUGCAGAAUAUGUUGGUGACGAGAGAUCGUAAGUCCACUAUUGGUUAUUACACAUGUGGGUGGCAACCUUAUCACGUGAUACUCCAAGAAGUAGAAGGUGGUAUCUUGCUCUAGUGUGAAGUUCGAGUAUCACACCAUAGUUGAGACGGCGCGAGAGAUAGUGUGGCUCAAUUCACUCCUCAAAGGCAUUGACAUCUCAUAUCCUAUGCCAAUACUUAUGCAUUGUAAUAAUCAGGCCGUCAUCUUCAUUGCUGGAAAUCCUACGUUUCAUGA